AUGUUCUCUCACCUCCUUACGUAAAUUCUUCUAAAUCAGAAAAAGGGUAGAGGAUGUGGAUCUGUCUCCUGGGUAAUUCUAUAAUAAGAUCAUCAAAAAAUAAAAGUUGUAUCUCCUAAUUAUCCAUUAUUAUUAUGCAUUUUAGGUGAUUAUUAUUACAUUCUGCACAAUACUCAAUAAGCUUUUGAAUGCUAUCAAAAAGCCAUAAAUUCUUUUUAGAGUUUAAAAUAAUCAGAAAUUGUGAAAUGUAAUUUAAGCCAAGGAAAUAUUAAUUUUAUAAUAGCUAAGAUUGAAAUCCUUAAACAAUUAGAAGAAGAAAUUGUACAAUCUAAAUACUUUUUAGAGAAGCUACCAACUGAAACACUAUAAGAAUAAUAGAAUAAACAAAAUUAUAUUACAAAAAUAGAAUAAUAUCAAAAUGAAAUCAAACCUAUUCUUACAAUCCCAAUAAAUCAAUCGAUAAGGCUUGAAAAGUAAUAAAUUUAAAAUGAAUAACUGAAUUAAAUAUUGUUAAAUAUUGAGCAGUUAAAAUAAGAGAUGUUAGUAGCAAGAUAGAAAUUAAAUUGAAUUGUUAUUAAACGACCUUAAUAAACCAGAAAACUAGUAUUAAAAAACUUAUUACUAAUCUUUAUUUUGGAGACUUUACAACUACUUACAAGCAGUAUAGUAAAUUUCAACAGACUUAUUUUAAAUAAAUCAAAAUGCUGUUAUUGAAACAAGCUCAGAAAAGGUUUUAAAUAUAGUUCAAAAAAUUUCAAAUAUUGGAUCAGUUGGACUUUCACCAAUACCAAUAAUUGGAGAUGCUUUUCAAAUUAUAAAUGCCGCCCUUGAUUAUGCAAUUGAUGAAAAGAAUGCGAAUAAAUUUAAUAAAAGAGUAAAAAUUCUAAGCGAAAUACUAAUAUUUUUUGCUAUUAAUCCAUAAUAAUUAGAAAUUGAAGUGUAAAUGGCAGCAAUAUCUUUAGGAAAAUAACAAUAGGUUAAUAGGCAAAAAAGAAAAUAAACCAUUUUUACAAAUAGAGUUAAAGAUUUAUUAGCAAAAGAAAGCAGUUCUUCUGAAUUAUUUAAGAAUAUAUACUGGAUUUGUGGAACAGAAGAUGCAUUAAUCAUUUUAAGCUAUUUAGAAAAAAACCAAGAAAAAAUAUUAAAGGAAUAAUAGAAAAAGUUAAGGGAGAUAUUUGAAGAUGCAGUUAAAUCAUAUAAAUUUUUACCUUAAAACAAUUCUCCAAAAGUGGAUACAGAUUGUUCCUCAGCCUGUUAAAUGAUUUGA